UCCGCCUCCUCCCUCGCGCGCUUAUCACCUGCCGUCCCGGCGCGCGGGCGGGCGCGAGGGCGCGAGGGGGGGCGCGGGCGGCCGGGCGCCGGGUCGCGGGAGGUGACAAGCGCGCGAGGAUGCGGCUGCUGCUCGCGCUCCCGGUGCUGCUGGCGCUGGGCCCCGCCGCCGCGGCGGCCAAGCUCAACAUCCCCAAAGUGCUGCUGCCCUUCACGCGGGCCACGCGCGUGAACUUCACGCUGGAGGCCUCGGAGGGCUGCUACCGCUGGUCAUCUACCCGGCCAGAGGUGGCCAGUAUAGAGCCACUGGGAGCGGAUGAAGCGCAGUGCUCCCAAAAGGCAGUGGUGCAGGCACGCCUGUCUCAGCCUGCCCGCCUGACCAGCAUCAUCUUCGCCGAGGACAUCACCACGGGCCAGGUCCUGCGCUGUGAUGCCAUCGUCGACCUCAUCCACGGCAUUCAGAUUGUCUCCACUACCCGUGAACUCUACCUGGAGGACUCUCCCCUGGAGCUGAAGAUCCAGGCUCUGGACUCUGAAGGGAACACAUUCAGCACCCUGGCUGGGCUGGUCUUUGACUGGACAAUUGUGAAGGACACGGAGGCCAAUGGGUUCUCAGACUCCCACAAUGCCCUGCGAAUUCUCACGUUCUUGGAGUCUACAUACAUCCCUCCUUCCUACAUCUCAGAGAUGGAGAAGGUGGCCAAGCAGGGGGACACCAUCCUGGUGUCUGGGAUGAAGACUGGGAGCUCCAAGCUCAAGGCACGCAUCCAGGAGGCCGUCUACAAGCAUGUGCGCCCUGCGGAGGUCAGGCUGCUGAUUUUGGAGAACAUCCUUCUGAACCCAGCUUACGACGUUUACCUGAUGAUGGGGACCUCCAUUCGCUACAAGGUGCAGAAGAUCAGGCAAGGGAAGAUUACAGAGCUGUCAAUGCCUUCUGAACAGUAUGAGCUCCAGCUUCAGAACAGCAUCAUGGGCCCUGAGGGAGAUGCGGGCCGGCCCGUGGCUGUGUUGGACCAGGACACGUCGAUGGUCACCGCAGUGCAGCUGGGACAGAGCAGCCUGGUUCUCAGCCACAGGAGUAUCCGCAUGCAGGGUGCUUCCAGGUUACCCAACAGCACCAUCUACGUGGUUGAACCUGGAUACCUGGGGUUCACAGUCCACCCUGGUGACAGGUGGGUGCUGGAGACGGGCCGCCUGUACGAAAUCACCAUUGAGGUGCUUGACAAGUCCGGCAACAAGGUCUACCUGUCAGACAAUAUUCGCAUUGAAACCGUGCUGCCUCCUGAGUUCUUUGAGGUGCUUGCUUCUUCCCAGAAUGGGUCAUACCAUCAUGUCAGGGCAACAAAGAAGGGCCAGACAGCUAUCGAGGCAGCCUUCACCUCUGUGGUGGACCAGGACGGAGGGGUCCACACAUUACAGGUGCCUGUGUGGAACCAGCAGGAGGUAGAAAUUCACAUCCCCAUAACCCUCUAUCCGAGCAUUUUGACGUUUCCGUGGCAACCAAAGACCGGCGCCUAUCAGUACACGAUAAAGGCCCACGGUGGGAGUGGGAACUUCAGCUGGUCUUCGUCGAGCUACGUGGUUGCCACAGUCACUGUCAAGGGUAUGAUGACCACAGGCAGUGACACUGGACUCAGUGUGAUCCAGGCACAUGACGUGCAGAACCCACUGCACUUCGGGGAGAUGAAGGUAUAUGUGAUUGAGCCCAGCAGCAUGGAGUUUGCCCCGUGCCAGGUGGAGGCACGUGUGGGCCAGACCUUGGAGCUGCCCCUGAGGAUCAAUGGCCUCAUCCCUGGCGGGGCCAACGAAGUGGUCACCCUGAGUGACUGCUCCCAUUUUGACUUGGCGAUUGAGGUGGAGAACCAGGGUGUGUUCCAGCCGCUCCCAGGGAGGCUGCAGCCAGGGUCUGAACACUGCAGUGGAGUCAAGGUGAGAGCAGAGGUCCAGGGCUACACCACACUUCUUGUGAGCUACACACAUGGCCACAUCCACCUGAGUGCCCGGAUCACCAUUGCUGCCUACCUGCCUCUCAAGACUGUGGAUCCCUCCUCUGUCGCCUUGGUGACUCUCGGCUCCUCAAAGGAGAUGCUGUUCGAAGGAGGUCCCAGACCCUGGGUCCUUGAGCCUUCCAAGUUCUUCCGGAACAUCACCUCCGAGGACGCAGACAGCAUUAGUUUGGCUCUCUUUGGGCCUUCUACCUCCCGGAAUUACCAGCAGCACUGGAUCCUUGUAACCUGCCGGGCCUUGGGCGAGCAGGUCAUCGCCCUCUCCGUGGGGAACAAGCCCAGCGUCACCAACCCCUUUCCCGCACUGGAGCCUGCCGUGGUGAAGUUCAUCUGCGCCCCGCCCUCCAGGCUCACCCUGACCCCCGUCUACGCCAGCCCCCAGCUAGACCUGUCAUGUCCACUGCUGCAGCAGAACAAGCAGGUGGUCCCGGUCUCUAGUCACCGCAACCCCCUGCUGGACCUGGCUGCCUAUGACCAGCAGGGACGCAGAUUCGACAACUUCAGCUCUCUGAACAUCCAGUGGGAGUCGACCAGGCCGUUGCUGGCCAGCAUCAAGCUUGACCUGCCCAUGCAGCUGGUGGCCCAGGAUGAUGGGAGUGGCCAGAAGAAGUUGCACGGUUUGCAGGCUAUCUCGGUUCACGAGGCAUCGGGGACCACAGCCAUCUCAGCCACUGCGAUGGGCUACCAGCAGUCCCACCUCAACAGAGCCAGAGUGGAGCAGCUGUACGAUCCUCUUGUGCCUGUGUCGGCCUCCAUAGAACUCAUCCUGGUAGAGGACGUGAGGGUGAGCCCUGAAGAGGUGACCAUCUACCACCACCCCAGCGUGCAGGUAGAGCUGCACAUCAGAGAAGGCUCUGGCUACUUCUUCCUCAACACCAGCACCACAGACAUCAUCAAGGUGGCCUACCAGGAGGCCAGAGGCGUGGCCACGGUGCACCCUCUGUUCCCGGGCAUGUCGACCAUCAUGAUCCAUGACCUGUGCCUAGCCUUCCCGGCCCCAGCAAAGGCAGACGUGUACGUCUCAGACAUUCAGGAGCUCUAUGUCCGCGUGGUUGACAAGGUGGAGAUUGGGAAGACAGUCAAGGCGUAUGUCCGUGUGCUGGACUUUCACAAGAAGCCUUUCCUGGCCAAAUACUUUGCCUUCAUGGACCUGAAGCUCCGAGCGGCUUCUCAGAUCAUCACAUUGGUGGCCCUUGACGAAGCCCUUGACAACUAUACUGCCACGUUCCGUGUCCAUGGUGUGGCCAUCGGCCAGACCAGUCUCACCGCGACUGUGACUGAUAAAGCUGGACAGCGGAUCAACUCGGCCCCACAGCAGAUUGAGGUCUUUCCUCCGUUUAGGCUGAUUCCCAGGAAAGUGACGCUGAUCAUUGGGGCCAUGAUGCAGAUCACCUCCGAGGGCGGCCCACAGCCCCAGUCCAAUAUCCUCUUCUCCAUCAGCAACGAGAGCGUUGCCGUGGUGAACAGCGCGGGGCUGGUGCGGGGGCUGGCUGUCGGCAAUGGCACCGUGUCUGGGGUCGUACAGGCUGUGGAUGCUGAAACCGGCAAGCUCGUCAUUGUGUCUCAGGACCUCGUGGAGGUGGAGGUGCUGCUUCUCCAGGCCGUGAGGAUCCGUGCCCCCAUCACUCGGAUGAGGACAGGAACCCAGAUGCCUGUCUACAUCACUGGCAUCACCAACAGUCAGAACCCUUUCUCCUUUGGCAAUGCUGUGCCAGGCCUGACCUUCCACUGGUCCGUCACCAAGCGGGACAUCCUGGACAUCCGGGGACGACACCACGAGGCUUCCCUCCGGCUGCCAUCACAGUACAACUUUGCCAUGAACGUGCACGGCCGGGUGAAAGGCCGGACUGGGCUGAGGGUGGUGGUGAAGGCUCUGGACCCCACAGCCGGGCAGCUGCAUGGCCUCGCCAAAGAACUCACCGACGAGAUCCAAAUCCAGGUAUUCGAAAAACUGCUGCUGCUGCACCCUGAAAUAGAAGCAGAACAAAUAUUAAUGUCACCCAACUCAUUUAUAAAGCUUCAGACAAACAGGGACGGUGCGGCAUCUCUGAGCUACCGCGUCCUGGAUGGGCCCGAGAAGGUUCCUGUGGUACACGUGGACGAGAAAGGCUUCCUGACGUCAGGGCCUGUGAUUGGGACAUCCACAAUCGAAGUGACUGCCCAGGAGCAUUUCGGGGCCAACCAAACCAUCAUCUUUGCUGUAAAGGUGUCUCCUGUUUCUUACCUGAGGAUCUCCAUGAGCCCCACCCUGCACACUCAGAACAAGGAGGCUCUGGCAGCCGUGCCUUUGGGAAUGACUGUGACCUUCACGGUCCACUUCCAUGACAGCUCCGGCGACAUCUUCCAUGCUCACAACUCGGUCCUCAGCUUUGCAACCAACAGAGACGAGUUUGUGCAGAUUGGGAAGGGCGGCACCAACAACACGUGCGUCGUGCGCACCAUCAGCGUCGGCCUGACGCUGCUCAGUGUGUGGGACACAGAGCAAGUGGGCCUGUCUGACUUCGUUCCGCUGCCUGUGCUCCAGGCCAUCUCCCCAGAACUGUCCGGAGCGGUGGUGGUAGGUGAUGUCCUGUGUCUGGACACAGUUCUGGUCGGCCUAGAAGGCCUCUCUGGAACCUGGAGCUCCUCAGCCAGCAGCAUCCUCCACAUCGACCCCAGGACAGGUGUGGCUGUCGCUCGAGAGGCAGGAUCUGUGACGGUUUACUACGAGGUCGCUGGGUACCUGAAGACCUACAAGGAGAUAGUGAUUGGUGUCCCUCAAAGGAUCGUGGCCCGUUCCGUCCGCCCAGGCCAGACCGGCUUCCAGGAGGCCUCCAAAGUGACCGUCACCGUGGGAGACAGAAGCUCUAACCUGAGAGGUGAGUGCUCCCCCACCCAGAUGGAAGUCAUAGAGACUCUGCACCCAGAAUCGCUCAUUAGCUGCCAGCUCCGGUUCAAGCAAGAGGUCUUCGAUUUCCCAGCACGUGACAUUUUCACAGCAGAACCGGGAUUUGACACGACUCUGGGCCGGUACCUCUGCUUGGUCACGAUGCACAGGCUGACGGACAAGCAGCUGAAACACCUCAGCAUGAAGAAGACGGCGCUGCUGGUCACUGCCUCCAUCCCGGGCAGCCACAUCUCUGGAGAGCAUGUGGGCGCCGAGGUGCCCUUCAGCCCAGGGCUAUACACUGACCAGGCUGAAAUCCUUUUGAGCAACCACUACACCAGCUCCGAGGUCAAGGUCUUUGGUGCCAUGGAGAUUCUCGAGAACCUGGAGGUGAAAUCAGGGUCCCCAGCUGUGCUGGCCUUUGAGAAGGAGAAGUCUUUGGGGCUCCCCAGCUUCAUCACCUACACGGUCGGCAUCUCAGAUCCUGCGGCCGGCAGCCAAGGGCCUCUGUCCACCGCCUUGACCUUCUCCAGCCCCAUGACUAACCAAGCCAUCACCAUUCCGGUCACCGUGGCCUUUGUGAUGGAUCGCCGAGGGCCUGGUCCUCACGGAGCCAGCCUCUUUCAGCACUUCCUGGACUCCUACCAAGUCAUGUUCUUCACACUCUUUGCCCUGCUGGCUGGGACUGCUGUCAUGAUCAUAGCCUACCACACGGUCUGCGCGCCCCGGGAGCUCACCGCACCUCCAGCCUUCUCCCCGCGAGCCAGCCCUCGCCACAGCCCCCACUAUUUCGCUGCCUCGUCACCGACGCCUUUCAACGCGCUGCCUCCCAGCCGCAGAGCCAGCCCGCCCUCAGGGCUGUGGAGCCCCGCAUACACCUCGCACUAGUCAGCGGGCCGGGUCCUGAUGCCCCUGUGCCCCCGCCGUGGGGACAGCCCCGAUCAGCUCGGCCCGGAGCCCAGGCCCCCUCGCUGGCUGCUCUGUGGUGUCCUGUAGGCUCUGCUUAUUCUUACACGUCAGAGUUGCCUCUGGCUUUUGUUUGGUUUUGUUCCUAGCCUUUGCUAAGACUCUGGCUCAUUCCUUUAUGCCCGGUUGUCGAGGGUUUCCAGACAACGUGCAGCCAUGCUUUUCUUCCCCUGCCGUCUCUAGAACCACUCUCUUCUCAAGACUUCGAGCACACAGAAGCUCCGUUUACUAGGAGGGGAUGUUACUGCAGUGGCCUCAGGGAAAGGACUUUUUAAUUACUUCUUAAUUUGUGUGGGGUUCCCCCCGACCAUGUGGAAACUUCACCCCUAGUCUGGCUCCUGCUAGGAAAUGAGGGGAGUGAACACACGUGAAUGUCAGGUGCUCACCCCGUGACUGCACAGAAGCCUUAGGAACGCAGCGAUGGGGACCCCACGUUGGCUCCCCCUGCCCUGGGGGACAGUAAGGGGCCACAGGAGCUGCGAGCCGGGCUACCUUUUGCCCCUCCGUGGGCCACUGUGAAUCAAUGGCAUCCUCUGUUUCUGUUUCCUAAGCAUGGAAACGUCUCCUGGACUGGGCCGCAGCCUCAGUGGGAUGUUUGGUGGCGUCUGGUUCCUUUUCCUUCUCCCUGUGUCUCUUCCCACCUAAGGGACAUGGGGAUCCUAGUUAGGAAAACAUCCUUGAGCCAGAGGCCGGGAUCUUUCCUUCUGUUUGUUCUUCUGGAGAAGCCACUGUGUUCCACCCAAGCACAAAGACCCAGUGUUACCUGUUCCCCCUUUUGUACUAUGGUCAUGCACCUCCACAGACCUGAGCCUCCGGCCCGCCCGGCGCGAGCACCGGUCUCCCCGUGGCAGCACCCUGCCGGGCCACAGAGCCCGACCCUGGCCAGUGAGGAGGGUGGGCCUGCCUUCUGGGAAGGGGCCCUCCUCCUUCCCCACCCCUCGUCCCUGCAGCGUCCAAGGCCUCCGAGCCAAGCGCCGUGCCACUCUCAGGAAGAACUGGAGACGCAUCCCAGAGCCAGGCACGCAUGCUCACCGUGUGCGGGAGUCAUCCGCUCUGCUCCAAGCCGCACAUGUGAGUCCACUUCAGGCCUCCAGGGCUGGGCUGUGCGAUUUAUUUUUCUAAAGCUGGAGACAGGAAGAAUUGUGCCUUUGCAUAUUACUUAAGCUCAAACUGACAACUUGGAUGUAAAUAGGCGCAUUUCUACUGGGUUUAUUUAAUAAAGCUCUAUAUCAUUUCUUA